UUUCUCUCUCUUCUUCUUCUCACCACAAAGCUCUUCCCUUUUGUGUUUCUUUACCACUCUCUGAUCCUCGCAACAUCUUAAAAGAGGUCAAUUCCAGAAAAACUUGAGCUUCCUCGUUGUUAAUUCCGUCGAAAUCUGCAACUUUUCAUCCUAAUUGUGAAUACCCAUUCCCCCCCAAGUUUCGCAAUUUGUUUGUUUAAAAAGAUCCAUCUUUGAGCUGCAGCCCAGAUAGUUUCAAUGGAGAAACAGAGAGAGGAGAGUGAGUUUGUUGGUGAUUCCAUGGAGGAGGAAGAAGAAGCUGGUAAGGGAUUAGGUUUAUCUUCUAAAACUGAAACCCUAGAUGAUGGUGAGGAUACAAACAACACGGUACAGGUUUCGGAUUCAGAUGUAGAUAAUUUGGUUUCUGAUGUGAAAGCUGAUGAUGAUGAUGAUGAUGAUGAUGUUGAGGAGACUAAAGAUAGCGUUGGUGACGAUGUUGCACUGACUGAUGCUGCUAUUGAUGGAGAUGCUGAGGUGGAGAUGAAUGGUGAGACGGCUGCUAAGUCUCAAAUUAAGAGUGCAGGAGAAGGGGAAAGUGUAAUCUCUGGUGUGAAUGAGGUAACUGCUGAUGACAAUGCAAGGUUUGAAGUUGAGGAUAAUGGUGAUGUGCACACUACUGAAAAGUCCCAGCUAACUUCAGUAGAUGCUGCCGAGAUGCUUUCUGUUGCUGAAAAGAAGUCUGCCCAAGAGAAGCAAUCCACAAACAAUAUCAAAGAGGGUGUUGAUAGCAAACAAGAAAAUGAAGAGAAUGUGGGAUCAGAGACUAAAGAUACUGUUUUGGAAGUUGGUUCUGCUGCUGAAGUUAAUAAUGAAGGAUUAAUAACCAAUGAAGAAGAAAAAGGAGAAGCCAUGGAGAUUGAUUAUGCGGCAGAGGAACAGGUUGAAGAUGAUGUUAAAGUAGGUGAAGCUUUGGAUAUUCCUCCAGUUGCUGAAGCUGUUGUGGUAACUGAAAUGGCAAUUGACGAACCGAAAGAUAAUGCUGAUAUGGCCACCGAAACAAUCGUAUCUACUGAUUUAGCAAACCCAAACAGUCCCUCUGAUGAUGCUGCUCCAGGUGAAGUUGAACCGUUGGAUCAUAAUGCUCUUUUUGAUCCAACUUCUGAUAUUACCAACUUUAUUGAUUUCAGUGGUGUAUCAUCUUGGUCAGGGAAUAUACAAGACCUUAAAACUGACACCAGGAAUGUAUCUUUCAAAGAGGAUAAGAAAGCUGCCACGGUUGCUAUUGAAAAUGGAUCGAGUGAAGCACCUGUUGCUUCUGGAGCACAAUCUCCAGCUGCUGCUACAGAUUGUUCAAAAGAGGCCUCUGAUGCAAUUUUGGGAUCUGGAGAAAGUAAAGAUCAUGAAUGCUUGGAUACGAAAACGACAGAUCAACAAGAUACAGUGAGAGAGGAAGAGGACAUCAUAACUCAUGAAUCCCAAAGUAUUGAUCCAAACCGAAAGGAAGAUACAGGGAUGGAAGAAGAUCCCAGUAAUUCUGAUUUUGCUGAUGAUGAAGCUGGUUCUGAUGUUAAGACCAAUGGUGUGAAACGAAAGGCUGAUGUCCUGAGUGAGGAUUCACCAGGAGAAGGCACGAAGACUGUCUCCUUGGCAAAGGUGUCUUUUGCAGAAAGGCCCUCCUUUAAGAUUGGUGCAUGCAUAGCCAGAGCUGCUAGUCAGAUGACAGGAUCUUCUUUAGUUUUGAAGGGUGGUAGUAACUGUGAUGAUGAAACUCUCUCUGUUGAGAGUUUUGUGUCCCAGCUUCACUGUGCAGCAACAGACCCUGACAAAGAGAACGUUGUAUCUGAAAUUGCUGCUGGCUUUUUCUUAGAUUUCCGAAACUCCUCGGCUUUGCAGCAAGAUCCCCCAGAAAAGGUGGGAAAAAAAAGAGGUAGACCAUCCAAUUCUGAUGUAGCAGGAACUGAAGCAUUCGAGUUUGAGGAAAUGGGCGACACAUACUGGACUGACAGAGUGAUCCAUAAUGGUGGUGAAGAGCAAACACCACCAACCGAGAAAGGAAAUUAUCAAGUUGUGCCAGUUGAGUUGAAACCUGCUCAGGUUCAAAGAACUCGUCGACCAUACAAAAGACGACAGACUCAGAUCCAUAUUCCUCUUUCAGUCUCAGACAAACCGGCAAACUUUGAUGAGAAUGCACCAGCUGAACUUGUAAUGAAGUUUUCUGAAGCGGAUACUAUACCUCCUGAGAAGAGCCUGAGUAAAAUGUUUAGGCAUUUUGGACCAAUAAGGGAGUCGCAAACUGAAGUUGACAAGGAAAAUAACCGGGCUAGAGUAGUUUAUAGGAAGGGUGCUGAUGCAAAGGUUGCUUACAACAGCGCAGGAAGGUUUAGUAUUUUUGGGACGAAAGCGGUGAAUUACGAGCUCAGCUAUACGAUAACUGAGACAUUCAAACUUAAGCCUUAUGUUGUGUCUUUAGGCGAGGAGGAUGCAGCACCAUGUCUUCCAGCCUAGAUGUAGUCCCUUCAGGCAUGGUUCAGGUGAAAAGAAUUGGCAGGCAUCAAGAGAAGUAAACGAUGAUGUGGCUCAAUGGAUUGGAUGCUCUUGCUUGUGUUGUUGUUAUCCUUUAGGUAGAGUAGGCUGUGUAAUAUGAGAAAACUUGUAAGUUCCAGAAUUCUUCGAGUAAUGUGGAUUGUGGAGGUUAGAGAGAUCGUUCCCUUUUUGUCUUCUGAUGAGAACACAUUUAAUUUGCUGUUACUAAACCAAGUGAUGUUAGUGCACUGAUGGUAAUGGUUAUUAGGUGGAAGUGAUCUGGAGUAGUCAAUUUGUUCAAUAUUUGGGUUACUUA